AUGUUCUUCGACGGAACAGUAAACGUAAAAGGCGUAGGGAUUGGGGCAAUUUUAAUCUCACCCACAGAUCAGCAUUAUCCAGCUACAGCCAUGCUCCGGUUCUUCUGCACCAAUAAUACAGCUGAAUAUGAGGCUUGCACCAUGGGCAUGAACAUGGCCAUUAAUCAAGAUGUCAAAGAAUUGCUAAUCAUGGGAGAUUCCAAUCUGAUCAUCCGACAUGCUCAAGGAGAAUGGGAGACAAGAGACAUUAAGCUCCUCCCAUACAGAAAGCAUGUGGAAGACCUCAGCAGACGGUUCAGGUUGGUACAAUUCAGGUACAUUCCCCGUUGCCACAAUGAGUUAGCAGACGCACUCGCAACCUUGGCCUCUGUGUUACCUUGCCCUGGAAACGCCUAUUUUGACCCUUUACAAAUCCAAGUCAAAGAAAGGCAUGGGUAUUGGAACGCGACCGAAGCAGAGUCCAGCACACAACCCUAG